GGGGAAGUUAGGUAUACUUUGUGCUCCGGCUGCCUUAGUGUUAUCAUGGCUUUGAAAGCGGAAGAAAUUAAUCUGCUGGUGUAUCGCUAUCUCCAAGAGUCAGGACAUCUACAUUCGGCGUUCACCUUUGCUUACGAAUCUCUGGUCACACAAUCUGAGAUUGCAAAGAUGUACGCAGAUACGAUGCCACCAGGAGCACUCAUUUCAAUAAUUCAAAAGGGCCUGAUGUACCUCAAGGUGGAAGAAAAUUUGGAUGCAGACAUUUCAAAAUGCAGCACCGACCCGACCUGUUGCAUUGAAUCAUCCAAAGAAUUAAGUAUCUUGAGUGCCACAGUUCUACAAGGUAUAACAAAAAGCAAGUCCAUCAAGUACUCCAAGUGGUACGUCAAACAUGACAAGAAUCGUAAUGAAGAUGAGGAUGAGGAGGUAGAAAAGGCAGAAAGCAGAACCAUUGGCAAGCGAAAGCGUAUUGGAAUAUGCGUGGCACCAAACGCAACACAGUCCAUUGACUUCUCUAAGAAACACACGAGCGAAAUGGAGGGUAGUGCGAUCCCUGAAAUUCAUUCCACAGAAAGCACUUCAUUUCCUAAAAUUCAGUCCACAGGGAUGACAGAAGAACAGGCGAGUACAAGCAAAUUAAUAAGCAUGGUCCAACUAAGUUAGCGCAGGCAAUUUCAUCUGCGGAUGUGCUGAUCCUGACUGGCCACGAAGCAGAAGUAUUCUGCUGCUCCUGGCAUCCAAGGGACGAGCUUCUUGCAUCAGGCUCAGGUGACUCUACUGUGCGCCUCUGGAACCUCCCAGAUGACAAAACAACAGCAAAUCUUAAGAUCAAGUCCCCCUUACCUAGAGUCCUUGAAUGCAUUGCGCCCAUGCAACAAGAAAAAAAAUCUACUUCAGCGGGUGACGAUCACGACGUUUCUCAGCCGAGUUCUUACCGAGUUUCUCAUCCUUAGCUAACAUUGUACUAGGUGACUACAUUAGAGUGGUCAGUCGAUGGAAGUCUACUCGCAACAGGCUGCAUGGACGGCAUUGCUCGCCUAUGGUCUCGCGAAGGCGUUUUACAGCAUUCUCUCAACGCUCACUCCGAGUCCAUAUUCUCUUUGAGGUUUGAUUCCGCGGGCAAGCGGCUCUUAACUGGUUCAUAUGAUAAGUGUGUGUCAGUGUGGGAUGUACGUACUGGUAGCAUUCAGUGCAGAACUUACAUUAUACAAGUUAAAAGACCCUUGCAGGAAAGUUGCAGCAUAAGUUUGAAGCCCAUUCAGCACAAGUCCUUGACGUUGAUUGGAAAACUGGUGUCCGCCCGAGCCCAUUCGAAUUCUGAUUGCAUCAGCAAUAGCUCAAUUGUUCAGGUGGAUAUCAUGGGCUUGAUGUUUUCGCGUCGUGCUCAACAGAUCGCACAAUUGCUGUCUGUGCGCUUGCAGACAGAGAGGCUGACACCGACCCGGCAGCAGCAACUACCACACCGUUGCAGGUGCUAGUUGGCCACGCUGAUGAAGUCAACGCAAUAAGAUGGGACCCAUCCGGCGGGCUGCUUGCAUCAUGCUCUGAUGACCACCAGGUUCUGAUUUGGCAGCUUGGGCAGUCUCUUGCACAGAGCAUGAUCGAUAGACAAAAGUUUUUGCCACCUGCCCUUGCUCAGGUCCGUCCCGGUUCAUCGGUUCAGUAAUCACACUGAGGAGAUAUACACAAUUCGUUGGUCACCGACUGGCCAAACUACGAAUAUGCCCAAUGUAUGACCUGAAGAUUCCUAAACUUUUAACCAGUGUUUUAUCAUCGUAGGCGCCCCUGAGGUUGGCUUCUGCAUCAUUUGAUGCAACAGUUCGCCUCUGGGACACAGACAUGGGAGUUUGUUUGCACACAUUGCGAAAUCACACCAAAAAAGUAUAUACCAUUGCUUUCUCUCCUGAUGGCAGACUGCUCGCAUCUGGCUCACUCGGUGGCCAACUUAACAUUUGGUCCGUCCCUAAUGGCAAAUUGUUAAAAACCUACAACCAAGGGGGUGCCGACAUCUUUGAAGUAGCAUGGAAUGCAAAUGGUACUCGCCUUGCCGCAACAUCGACCAACGCGGUAACUCUGAUCGAUGUGAGAGUCAUAUGAUUGUGUGGCGCAUAGCAAGGUAGUUAAGCUCAUUCGCCACGCUAAAAUCCUCAAAUAUCUGCGGAAGAAGUCGCGGAAUAAGCUGUGAUGGCUUUGCGAGCUGAGCCUUUGGCGCCGGGUCACACGAGGCCCUUCACACCAGGGCGGACGGAAAUGAAGGGCCUUCUCACGGAAAGAUACGGCUCGGGCGACUCUGAGGCUCGGGUAUCUUAGUUUGCAAGCUGAGCUACGAGUAGCUAACUUGAAAUACCGAGUCGAGUGGGUAAAAAAAAAUGAAAAAAGUUACCGUGACUGGCAAGACUCGGAGCCUGAGAAAUUUUGCCAGUGGGUAGCCUGAGCAUGCCAGUGGGGCGUUGGGCGCAGGCUGUUGAUCGGCGUGAUGGGGGCGUUGGAGCGAUUUGGGGGGCGUCCUAGAUUUCCGAGUCUAAAUAGAAUCAUGAUCCGAAUCACUCAGCCACUCAGGCUUCAAGUAGUUAUCGGCGCUCCUGGUCCUAGUAUCACGGUGACGUCACGGUAUAAAUUGAACUUUAAACCAUAAUUACGAAGAAUAUUCUCUUCCUAACGUUCUAAGACGUUCUAAAGGGAAUUUCCGACUUCGUCUCAGAGCCGUUUGGUUCAUGGCAACGUGCGGCUAUCUCUUAAUUCUGAUGUACUCUCAAACCCCCA